CUGCCCCUAACAAUGGCUCACGCCCUGGUGGCUUUGUUUGUUCCCAGGCGAAGUGUUAUUAAGGGCAACACAUUAUCCGCACACCCCUGCGUAUAGGUAGGCCAGCGCAAUGGGCUCAGUAAAGCUACGAGGCACAUUUUCUACUUGAUAUCACCAUAUUCCAUAUAAUGUUAAGAAGGAUACUCCAAGGCAUCCCGUGGACUUGUAUGUAGGUGGGUUGAAUACCAGCUUUCAAAGGAAUGGAUCGUAUGCGUUUCACCAUCCUCUUCUGUUUUUUGAUGCUAGUGUCACUUUCGUUAUUCAUCAAUGUUUUCUUUUUUGCCCGCCAAGGACCUCUUGCAGUGAAUUAUGGGGAUUCGGAUGAGAGCCGACCUCCAGUUGACGUAAAUCGUGACAGCAGACAACGUGACUGUAAAUGUAAGGAAAAAAUAAUUAUUAAUUUGGGUAGCAAAAACAAAGAUGCCGCUCCUAUAAUCUCACGAAAGCCGACAGGAGACGUUCUUCCAGACAGACACACGAACUUCUUGUAUCGAGGUAUGUCGGAUUUGAAUCCUUUGAAAGAUAUCCUUCCCUCGUCAGCAAUACCGAACGUUUUCCAUUACAUCUGGUGUGGCAGUAGGGUCUUUGAAUUUCAACAUUAUUUGAGCGUUCUUAGCGCCUUCAAAAUCCACCGAGCGGACAAAAUUGUCAUCCAUUUUGAAACGAUGCCUCAGGUUGACUUACGCCGGUACAACCAGUGGAUUAACGACCUUAAAGAAGAGGUGCCAGUUUUAGUUUUAAAGAGAGAGCCAGAUAUGGCAGGUUGCCAAACCGACGACACGAAGAAAUUAGAUAAAAUAUUGAACGUCUUGAGUGACCAUGGCGGAAUAUACUUAAACGAAAACGUCGUGAUAUCAGAUCCUCACUUUCUUAUUAGGAAAACACAGCGUCUUUACCUAUAUUUAAAAGGCACGGUGACAUCUCAAGCAACUUUGACGACAGCUAUUGUUCAAGGUUCCAUAUGGGCAGACAGGACUGCGGUUACAAAAGGCAUAUCUAGUCAGAAAUUUAUCUCCGGUUUAUUAAAUAAAACGGAUAGUAAACUUCCUGCAAUGACUAGUAAUUGUAUAACACAUAUAACUCACAGUGAAUCCAACCGUUCCUAUUGCCUGCACAUAGAUCAUACACUUUAUCCUCAUCAAAUCUGGGAACGAAAGGACGAGUUUGGGGCUUUAUGCAGACGACUGUUUUAUGGUUCAGAAGAGAUCCGCGUUCCUGCUCCGUCGUACGACACACUGAUACCUAACAUUGCUCAUUAUGUGUGGAUGGGAGGAACAGAAAUGCCGUUUUUAGCAUAUUUAAGUGUGAAAAGCACUUUGAACGUCCUUAAAGUGGAUGCUGUGUAUUUACAUGGAAACGAGGAACCCAAAGGACCAUAUUGGGACAAAUUAAAAGGGAACCCAAAAGUCCACUUUGUUUUUCGAGAUUGGCCAGAAACAAUAUUUGGAAACCCGGUUAAUGAUUAUUCACAUAUCAGUGACGUUUUUCGGGUGGACAUACUUUUGAAAUACGGCGGAAUAUACACAGACUGGGAUGCCGUCUGGGUGAAGCCCAUCGACGAUUUACGUGGCUAUGACGUGGUUGCCAAUUACGACUGGCCGGAUUGGCAUCCCCCAUUUCCUGAUAAAUUUAACAUGGGUACUCUCCUUGCAAAAAAGAAUGCGAGAUUUAUGCACUAUUUUUCAGAUACAAUGAAGCGAUAUGAAGACACUGGGGACUGGUAUUACAAUGCUUGUCUCAUGCCUUACAAAGCAUAUGAGAGGCACCCUGAACUUCUUUUAGUGGAAAAGCAUUUACAAGUAAUAUGUUUUGAUUUCAAAUGUCACCCGAUAUUCAAACCUGGCUAUAAAGACCCCAACAUACAUCACCUUAACAACGCUACGUUUGACUGGCGAACUGACGUGUACGCAGUUCACUGGACGAGACCGAGCCCGCCAGAAUUUGAAAAUGAAAAUACUUUAAGACAAUCAAACUCCAUGUUUAGCGAAAUUGGAAAAUAUGUCUUAGAUAGAAAGUAAUAAGCUGCUUAUUGCAUCAAUUUGCCCAAGGUAGUAUCACAUUUAGGCAUGCUCUACAUAAUAGGCACAUAUUCCAAUUUU